UUAUAAAUUGCCCAUCUGCGCUCACUAAAAACCCGCACAAUAUAUCUCUUUCCACCGCGUCAUCUCAUCCGUUGUUGUCCUGAUCCCCUUCUCUUCGUUUCGUGACAUCCAUUGUUACAUUUUGGUGUUCUCUUUAAGGUUUGUUUGAUUUUGCUUAAGAAAUAGGAAAUGUACCCGUCAAAGGGUGGUGGUGGUGGAUUUACUGGGCAGCAAAAUUUUGCUGCACAACAGGCUUAUGGUCAACUUCCUGGAACUGGUUUCUCCGGUAAUCCUGCUGCUGGUCCUGAACUGGGAAAUCAACAUACCCUGGCAUCUCGCCAGGCUUCAAUGAUGGGUAUGUCCCAAGAAACAGAUGCAACCGGAUAUCGGAGCCAUCCUACACAAGCAGCUCAAUAUGGAGGGCCUUAUGCUUCUGUCUAUGGCUCGGCUGCAUUGAGCAGUGGACAACAGGUUGGAGCGAGCAGCAAAGGAGCGGUUUCUUCAAGCCUUAAAGGUCGGGCAGCUUAUCCUUCUCCAUUAGCAGAGUCAUCCAAAUAUUCAGCAGGAGCUCUUGGCUCAGGCUUUAGUGAUGACUAUCUUUCAGCCUCUAAUCGUGGAUAUGCCCAGAGGGGAGAUCAGUUUCCUGGAGCAAAAAAUCCUGAAUAUGCAAUUGACAGGAGAGCUUAUGGAGAAGGUGCCUAUACUGGAAGGGAUUUGCAGAGUGAUCAAGCUAGACGAUAUACUGAUUCUGCUUCGCUCAGCCAUCAGCAUCAGACUGAUAUACAUGAUCAUAUGGAGCAGGCAUCAUUGCUACGACAGCAACAAAUUAUGAAGGCUCAGUCACUGCAUCCUGGCCUUGAUGUGAGACAAGCUGAAUAUCUUGCAGCAAGAGCUGCACCUAUUCAUCCUGGUUCUCAAGAAUUUAGUUCAUAUGGUGGAAGAAUGGAUGUAGAUCCACAUGUUUUACCCAUUCUUGGCAGUUCUCAGUAUGGUGCACCACAUUCAACUUCAAUUUUAGGAGCUCCAAGGCGGAAUAUUGAUGAUCUCAUCUAUGCUCAAGGGUCAAAUGCUACUUAUGGCGUGAGUUUACCCCCAGGGCGUGAUUAUAUGUCAGGUAAAGGCCUUCAUGGUUCUGCUGUAUCUGACUACCAAGGGAGCAUUAUUUCACGUGAUCGUCUAAAUCUUGGAGCUGAACGGAAGGAUGAUAGAGAUGCAUUUCGUCGAGAACUUGAUAUACGUGAAGAGGAGCGACUUAGAGAUAUGUUGCGGGAGAGGGAACGAGAGAAGGAACGUGAAAGGGAUCGUGAACGUGAAAGAGAUAGAGAACGAGAAAGAGAUCGCCGUGACAGGGAAAGAGAACGAGAUCAUAGGCGUGGAUUGGAUUCAAGGCGGGAGAGAACACCACCUAGAGCUUCUAAAGAUCGCCGAGCUUCUUCUGCAAAAAGGGAUGAGAGGUCGCGCCAUAUCUCACCUCGUCGCUCUUCACCACGUCGAAGUUCACCUCGUCGAGUCACGCCACGUCGGGAAGCUGCGCAUAGGCAUCGCUCACCUGUUAAAGAAAAAAAGAGAGAAUAUGUUUGCAAGGUCUUUCCAUUUUCCUUGCUUGAAGCUGAAAGGGAUUAUCUGUCCAUAAAUAAGAGAUAUCCUAGGUUAUCAGUAUCUCCUGAAUUUACAAAGGUUGUUUUGAAAUGGCCAAAUGAGAAUCUACAUCUUUCACUGCAUACUCCUGUCAGCUUUGAGCAUGAUUUUAUUGAAGAUAACAAAAGCGAGGAGCUGGGGUUGGCUCCUGUGGAAGACUCAUCUAAAAGCACAAAUAUAGUUUGGAAUGCAAAGGUUAUCCUGAUGAGUGGGGUCAACAGUGAUACUCUGGACGAGUUGUGCUCUGAUAAAAGUUCUGAUGACAGGCUAAUUCACUUAAACAACUUCUUGAGGUUUGCUAUUCUAAAGAAGGAACAUUCAUUUAUGGCUAUUGGAGGCCAGUGGAAAGAGACAUUGGAUGGUGCCGAGCCAUCAAUUGAUGGUUCUUCGCUGAUCCAAACAGCUAAGAGAUAUGUUAAGGAUAUAACUCAACUUGAUUUACAGAACUGUCAACACUGGAACCCUUUCCUUGAGAUACACUACAACAGGAUUGGUAAUGAUGGGUUGUCUAGUUUUAAAGAAAUCACUGUUUUAUUUGUUCCGGACCUGUUGGAAUGCCUACCUUCAUUAGAUUCCUGGCGAUCUACGUGGCUUGCUUACCGAAAGGAGAUUGUGGAGAGGGAGAAGGAACUAGCUUCAAAGAAAGAAAAGAAAUCAAGUGAAAAGGAGUCCAUACAAGGUGAUCAUGGUUCUAGCAAGUCUAAGAAGACUGCCACUACCAUGAAAACUGGAAAAGUUGAUGACGGGUCAAGUAAAGAUGACAAGAUUAGCAAAGUUGAUGACAGGUCAAGUAAAGAUGACAAGAUUAGCCAAGUUGAUGACAGGACAAUUAAAGUUGAGAAGAUAAGCAAAGUUGAGGAAACUAAAGAUGAGGGUGAUGAUUUCAAAAAUUCAAGUGAACAGAAACGAAAAUUACCUGAAUUAGCUGAAACUUCCACUGAGAAGAAUGAUGAAGCAAUGGUUGGCGAUGAUAGAACUGAUGAUAAGAAAGCCUUGGAUCUGGCUUCCUCUGAUCCAAAAGUUGAAGUUAAGAAGCCAGCAAAGAAGAAAAUUAUCAGGAAGGUUGUUAAAGGGAAGACUGUUGAUAAGAAAGAAACUUCAGCUAUUGAUGAGACUGUUGCCAAACAGGAUGACAAGGCUCAAAAAGACAUUGAAAACAAACAAACUGGCCAAGAAAACAUUGCUCUAAUAAACGAUAGUAUAGCUGAACCUGAAAAAGUUAAGACUUUUGUUAGAAAAAGAGUUGUUAGAAAGGUUGCUGUAGGAAAAUCUUCUCAAGUGGAAGAUAAUAAUGUUACAGAGAAGAGUACGGAACAAGAUAUAAAAUCUCAGGAAGAAAAAGCUAAAAAUGAUAAAGGAUUGACAGUGGAUACUGCUCAGCAGACUUCUGUCGCCAAGGUAGCUGGUAAGAAAAGAAUUAUUAGAAGGGUAAUAAAGAAAAAAGUUGUACCCACUGAAGUCAAAUCUGAAGCUGACCUUGCAAAAGACGUGCAAGCAGAAAGUAAAACUUCUGUGCUAAAAAACAUCAAAGAGGAAGAUCUGCAAAUAGUAAAGGAAGAGCAUGACCUGUCCGAAUCAAGUCUUGCUGAAAGUAAGCUAAAAGAUGAAAAGAAAACUAAUGAGGCCACUGAUGAUAAAAAGGUGCUUCGAAUGGAUAAAGUUUCCAAAACUGAAAAACAUGUUUCAACUAACAGCGAACUGGAGGCCCCAAAGCUCAAAGAUUCUGAAAAAGAUGCACGCAAUGCCAAAGGGGAGGGAUCAAGACAUGAUAAAGGGGAGGGAUCAAGGCAUGAUAAAGGGGAGGGAUCAAGACAUGAUAAAGAGAAGAGGAAUAAAAACGCAAAGGAAAAAGAUGCCAAGCAUGAUACUAGGAACAAAUCAUCUAAAGAAACAAAGGAAAAAGUGAAGCCUGACGAACCUCCUAAACAACCAGGAUUGUUUCUAAAGACCAAGAGGACUAAGGGAUCGAAAGUUCGUUCACUGUCCCUUUCAUUGGCUGGACUGCUGGAGUACAAUGACAAGGACACUGAAGAAUCAACUUUUGAGCUGUCACUUUUUGCCGAGUCAUUCAAUGAAAUGCUUCAGUACCAAAUGGGAUGCCGCAUUCUAUCAUUUCUUGAGAAACUACGGAAAAGGUUUGUUAUUAAGCAUAAACAACGCAAAAGACUACGUGAAGAAAAAAAUGAAAAAGAAAUUGAAGCAAAGUUAGCCUCAGGUAAACGUCAAAAGAUCAAUGAUAAGUCCCAUGCUGAAAAGGAGCCUCUCAAGCUUGGAGCACAGGAUCAUACAGAUCAGUAUCAUGAUGAAAACAAUUCUAGGAAUGAAGAAGCAACUGAAGUAGAUAAAUCUGAUCAGGAGAAGAAGUCAGAUGUUGAUGAAUUGGAUGAAGAGGAGGAUCUGGAAGAAAUGUAUGAAGAGUAUGAGGAAGUGGAGGAAGCUGCAACUGCAAGUGAUGCAGUUCUGGAGGUGGAGGAGGUUUUGAUUGAAGAAGUUGACAACAAAUCAAAAUCUGAGGUUCCAACUAAGGAUGACCAAGGCAAGGAAGAUUCUAGCCGAAAGAACGCCAAAGAAACUGAAUCCAAGGAAGAACAAAGCAGCAAUGGGAGCAAGGAUGAGAAAAAGCCUUCAUCCGAAAAGUCUGAUUUGGUGGAUGAGGUUGUUGACAAGGAACUUCUACAGGCUUUCAGAUUCUUCGAUUAUAACAAAGUUGGGUACAUCAAGAUGGAUGAUUUGAGAUGCUUACUUCAUGACCUUGGCAAGUUUCUUUCUCACCGAGACGUCAAGGAGUUGGUACAGAGUGCCCUGUAUGAAAGCAGUUCUGCUAGAGAUGACCGGAUUUUCUAUAAGAAGCUUGUGAGGAUUAGGGAUCUAUGAACCGUGUAAGGAUUAGUUCUACAAAAGAAGUCUCUUGUUAUUAGAUAUUCUCACAUCUUUGCAUAUUUUCUCUUCAGAAUUUACUACAUAAUGAUAAUGUUUUGGCACAUAGAAGUCUACAAUCUGCCAUAAAAACUGCUUGAAACACAUUUUAGGGCUAAACAUUUAUUUCAUUCUUAUUAUUAUGAUGUGUUCAAACGCAUGAUUCAUCUAUGCAAUUACUGCUUUAUUUGCCUAA